UCCGUGUACGAUGGUCGUGUCCGCAGUGUCGCCCCUCUCGUGUGAACCGCGGGGGGACAGGAUCAGUUGGCUGCACUAAGGCGUUCGCUCGUCGUCGUCGUCGUUGUUCCCCGCACAAUCACAGACACACAAAAAACAUAAAUAGCCAUUUAUUAUUAUUAUUAUUAUUAUUAUACAUCCGGUGGUGGUGGUAGCAGCAGCACAGGAGGCGUAUCAAUGAAAUCGCGUCGGAGUACGGGUUACGGGGGUGCGGAGUGCGGAUAGUCGUCGUCAGUGAUAGAGUAUAGUGCCGUGCAUUAAUAUUAUUAUGAAUGAAUCCAAGUGAAACGUAGUAAAUUGAGUUUGUUGCGGGGGCACCGUGUCCGUGGCUCUGUCUGUUGUGUUUUUUUUCCUCAGUUUACCCUUUCCCGCCCAAUCAACGACGUGUAACUGACAGAAGCAGCGGCGGCGACGGCGGUGGAUCAUUAAAUCGACUGUCACGUCAUGUCGUCUUUAUCGUUGCCGAGGGUGCUACAAAACCGAAAGACCAGUCUAGACCAGGAGCGCGAGCACUUUGAGAAAAUUCAAUCUGCAAGUAUUAGUAAAGCAAUUAAUACAUUGGAGAAUCCAGUAAAAGAAAAACAUGCUAGAAAUGCUAUUAUAGGUACAUUUCAAGAGAAAAGUGCUGAGACUUUUUGGCGUUGUGUCACUAAAUUACCAUUACAAGAACACCGUAUUGUGGCUUGGAAAUUUUGCCAUGUGUUACACAAAGUUUUGAGGGAAGGCCAUCCAAAUGUUUUGGCAUCAUCACAAAGACACAAAACACUUUUACAGGAUUUAGGAAAAUUAUGGGUACACUUAAAAGAUGGUUAUGGAAAACUCAUCCAACGGUAUUGUCAAUUACUACUUACAAAAUUAGAUUUUCAUCGACGUAAUCCUGGAUUUCCUGGCAACUUAGUUUUAUCUGAAGAAGAUCUUUGUAGAAUUGGAGACAAUGAUGUUAAUAAUUAUUUUCAAAUGUGUGUUGAAAUGUUUGAUUAUAUUGAUGAAAUUCUAGGACUUCAAUCUGCAAUCUUUGGUUCAUUGGAUAUGUCACGCUCAAAUUCAAUGACUAGCCAUGGUCAAUGUCGAUUGGCUCCCUUGUUGCCUUGCAUAUUAGAUUCUGCACAGUUAUAUGAUUUAUGUGUAAAAAUUCUCUUUAAAAUGCAUGCUACUCUACCACCUGAUCUUUUAUCUGGCCAUAGAAAACGUUUCCUAAGACAAUUUACUAUAUUACGUCAAUUUUAUUUGGGGUCAUCUAAUCUCCAGUAUUUUAAAACACUUAUUCAGAUUCCUCUUUUACCCGAGAAUCCUCCAAAUUUUUUGGUACAAGCUGAAUUAUCGACCUAUGUCACUCAAGCUGCCAUUGUAUUGCCAGAUGAAGAUCCAUCAGAGAAUAAUAGUAUGAUUGGUGAACUUGUUGAUCUAGGAAUUGGGAAUAGUGUUACCAGUAGUGAAACCAGUCAAAGAUCUUUGUCACCUGAUCUUUUAACCCAAAGAGAUAACAUGAUUCAGCAUUUACAUGGAGAAUUAAAUGCUCAUCAAUCAUUAAUAAUUCAAUUAAAACAACAAGUUUCUACAUUAGAAAUGGAAUUGGCAAAAAAAGAUAGUGAAUUAACUCAAGAAAGGCUUAUCAGAGAUGAUUUACUGCAUCAAGUAAAUUCUACGGACAAUUUUGAUGAAUUGGAUAAAAAAUAUAAAUUGCUUGAAGAAAAAUUUAACAAGUUGAAAGAAGUGUAUACCAAAUUAAGAGAAGAACACAUUACAUUGUUAAGACAGAAAGCUGCCGUCGAUAAGUCACUGAAAGGAUCAGAAAAAAUGACUAGAUUUGCUCAGGCUGCCAAUUCCUUGUUACUGUCCAUUAAAUCUGACGUGGACAAGCAGUUGUCAAACAUGCGUACUGUUGAAUUUAAUAUGGCACCUCAGCGGAUAAAGUUUGAAGAGGAAUUGAUAGCACUCCAAACUACUGUGGAUUCGACUACUCGUCAAAAUGAAGAACUUUUGAUGGCAACUGAACUAUUAAAGACUGAAGUUAAUGAAGUAAAGCAAAAAUUAGCUGAUGCCGUACACGGAAAAUCUGAUUUAGAAUUAAAACUUUCUGAAUCUGAGGAAUUACGGUUUUCUAACAAUGCUCUUUGGUUUGAAUCCUGUCGUAAAAUAAUUGAACAUACGAGUGAAAUGUUAGAUGAUCCUUCUAUGUCUUCAGCUACUUGUUCUCCUGAAUGUGUAUCUCUAAUCAAAGAAAAACUUGUCAGUUCCAUUGGAAAAGGAAAAGAUGAGGUUGCAGGAUUUGCCCAUUAUGUUGCCAUGUAUAUUGUUUUUGGAAAAGCUGUAUCAAAUACAAAAUCUGAUCUGAAUGAUGCUCAAAAGUUAUUGGAUAAAUGCAAACAAGUAGGAAAAGACAGUGUAAAACUAUUAACAGCUUGGCAGACUGGUGUCAAAAUUGAUGAAUGUUGCAACGGUCUUAUUGGUUCAUUGAAUGAUGUAGAAUCCAUGGCAUUUUCUACACAAGCCAACGAAUCAUUGGGAGAUUUGGUUGAAGAUGAACUUAGUAUGAUGGAUAAAGCAAUUGAGGAAGCGGCUAAUCGCAUUCAAGAAAUGAUCACAGAGUCUAGAGCAGCUCAUUCUGGAGUUAAACUGGAAGUCAAUGAACAAAUUUUGGAUUCAUGUACUUCCCUCAUGGCUGCCAUUAGAGUGUUGGUACACAAAUCACGUAAACUUCAAGCUGAAAUUGUAGCUAAUCAAGGUUCUAAUGGGUCAGCUAAAGAAUUCUACAAGCGUAACCAUCAGUGGACAGAAGGACUAAUAUCUGCAGCCAAGUCUAUAGGACUGGGUGCUAAAGGAUUGUUAGAUGCAGCAAAUGAAGCUGUAAGCGGCGAAGGGAAGCUAGAAAGAUUAAUAGUCGCUUCUCAUUGUGUGGCUGCCGGUACAGCACAACUUGUGGUUGCCAGUCGUGUAAAAGCUUCACAAAACAGUGAUAAUUUAGCCGAGUUAUCACAAGCGUCACGUAAUGUUACUAAUGCUACUGCUACAGUGGUAGCUACUGCCAAGUCUUGUGCCCAAUUAGUUCAACAAACAGAAGACCUAGAUUUAGGUGUCCUGAAUGAACAUCAAACCAAACGUUUAGAAAUUGAGUGCCAAGUUCGUGUGUUAGAAUUAGAGUCAUCAUUAGAAAAAGAAAGAAUGAAAUUAUCUGCAUUGCGCAAAUUACAUUACCAAGAAGAUCAAAGUUAGCGAACAAAAUAUAAAUUUCCAUUAAUUGUCUAUUGUAUCAAAUCCAAUCUGCUUCUAAUUAAUUAAUUUUUUUUCUUAUAAUUUGACCACUAAGUUUAUAUUUUUAUACUGCUCAAACCACUACUAUUAGACAUAUUAUGUGUUAUAACUCUUAUUCCAUUUUAAGCUUAAUAAAUUAUUGAUGUUUUCUUUAUUAUAUUUACAAUCAUGAAAACGGGUUUUAGUGACCUAACUAUAAUGGCUGUUAAAUAAUAUUUUAUAGUAUCAGUUUCAGAGAUCUCUUUACUCGUGUUUCUAAAGUUGUUUUUAAACAUAAUAAAAUUGCCAAUCGAACAUUGAAUGAAUUUUUAGGACUUAAGGUACAAUAACUAUAAAAUCAUUUAUUUAUAGUAAUUUUUAUUCCAUUAUUAUUUUACUUUUCAUUGAGCAUGCUUGAAAAAAAUUACGUUCAUUUUUUUUUUUUUUAAUGUUAUUUCACUUGUUGAUGUUUAUAUUAAAAAAAGUUAUGUAGUUUGUAUCUUAAUGUUGUGUACUAAUGUUGUAUUAAACAAAAUAAUCUAAUAUUUAUUGUUAAAAUAAUGGAUAUUAUGUUUAUUAUAAAUUAUAUUGUAAUUGUUGCGCAUGUGAACAAUUAGAUAUAAGUUAUUAUGGUUUUAUACAUUUUUUUAAAUCCUUAACUUAGCAAAUUUAAGUUACAACUUUUUCUAUUACUUUAUUUUGUGGCAUAUUUUAUAAUUUUUCUACUUAGCUUACUUAUUGGGCCAUUGAUCUGCGCCAAUUCACAAAUAUUAUUGUUAAUCAUUGUAACCUAACCAAAUAUUAAAUUAUGUUUCCUUUUUUAUAUUAUAUAAUUAUUAUUAUUAUACAUCUUAUAUAAUAAAAUGUGAACUAUUACUUUUAUUA